AUGAAAAAGCCAGCCUUCCUACCAUUUCUACUUCUCCAACCAGCCAACGCUCUGCCCGCCUUCCUGCCUCUAAGCUGGCCCUGGUCCCCUACGCUAGACAACAGCUCGCUCCCAUCACGGCCGCAACCACCCCCAGACAUCCCUCGUCACGGGCAACCAGCUGACGGCUUCGACUUCCCGCACCGUCCCGGGGUUCCCUCCACCGGCUUCGUCGCCUUCGGCGACUCCUACUCGGCCGGCAUCGGCACUGGCGUUAACGGAUCUGAAGUUGACUGUCGCCUAGGCAGCCAUGCCUAUCCCGUCCUCAUCCGUAACGACAUGAUGUCGGGCCAGCACAGUGAUAAAUAUGGCAACGCUACCACCUUUCAACAUUUGUCAUGCACGGGGUCGACAAUACAAGACGUCCUCGCUGGCGGCGAACACUCGCAGGUCGACCUGUUCAACACUACGGCGUCUGCUGACUUCGCUCUCCUCUCCAUCGGCGGAAACGACUUAGGCUUCUUCGACAUCAUGAACAGCUGCAUCUUUCGGUUCUACUCCUUCUACUCAGGCACCUGCGAGGCCGCUCUCGAGCGUUCGGAGGUGCAGAUUGCCGGCCCCGAGUUCGAUCAGCACCUGCGGUUGCUUAUCAUGGAGAUUUUGGACAGGGUCCAAUGGGAAAAGCGUCCCUGGUUCACCAUUACUGUCACUGGCUACGCGCGCUUCUUCAACGCGGACACGCCAGAGUGUGAUGAUUACUCUCUCGGCAUGUGGUGGCGCGGGCCAAAACUAAAACAGGACCUACGCAGCAAGAUGAACCGCAUGGUCCUCAAUGUGAACCAUCGGAUUCAGCAAGCCAUCGACACCAUUAACGAAGCAUUCACAGAGCCAAGAGUCUUGUUUGUGAAUUACGACGAUGCUUUUGAAGGCCAUCGCUUUUGUGAACCGGGUGUGGUUGAACCGGAUUACAUGCGCAACGAAACGUGGUUUUUCUUGGUCGGCGGCGAGGAUAAUGACGGCUCAACCAUGCCUCAUGAACCGCUCCCCCCGAAUUCGACGCUCGGCGACCCAGAAAUCUUGCUGAGAGCUGGUGAAGUGGCUGCACAAAAUUCCAUGUGGUAUGUUCCGACAUAUUAUGGGAAGACCUUUCAUCCACGCACAAAGGGGCACAUGGCCAUCCGCGACAGGGUCUACCAAACCUGGCGAGAAACGGAUAUUUUGUCCAUUCAGGCGCCGACUGAAGAAUUGUAA